GCUCCUAGCUCCCAUUGGCUCCUCCGGGGAGGUCCCCCCAUCGUGAGUUGCAGCUCCAGCGCUGGAGAAACCAAGGAAACACGGCAACGGAGCACUGGCCAACCAUAGGUGACAACGCGUGCACACCCAGAACCUCAACUUCCAACUUGUCCUUAACAUCUUCCCUCUGCCCGAUUUUCACCCCACACUCGGUGGUUUUGAUCACUCGACUAACUCUACUGGGGGUCAUGCGCUUUGAAUGUUGAAGGAGACUGGAGGGCUUCGAUCGUUCGAGUGUGACUCGAAAGUUUGGGACCGAUCUACUACGCUCCUCCGAGUAAGUACUUAUUGAAAACGGUCUUUCAUAGAUUGAUACAGUACCCACUAUUCCUUAAUGUCGAUAUUCCUCACCAGUCUCCGGGGAUAUCGGAUUAACUGCUUGUGAUAUAUCAUCGAGAUAACCAGAACUGGCGGAUCACGCUUCUGCGGUAAAUCAUGGGGAUGCUAACAUUCGGGCGUUUUCUUACUAGACCCUAUCCUCACUAUCGUGAUCGUGACGGCCCUACGAUUUUUUCUUUUCAACAGAAACUCGUUAUGGAGGAUGGUGCUUCCUACUCGGCCGGCAACUCGCCCGUCCUUCAGGUGGUUCAAGGCGAUGAAAUCUCAGACUUGGACGAAAUUGCAGGAUCCUCCGAUGGCUUUUAUUCGCCGCCUGGUACACCUAGACGCCCUUCUUUCUCUUACCAAGAUGACUGGGAGACUUUUCCUCCAUUGGAUAAGUUGACGGUAUUCGACCUGCUGGACAACUUCUCCCUAUCCCAAAGGCUCGAAAAGCUACAGCGUACCAUCAAUGCGCAGAAAGAAAAGAUGAAGAAACAGCGGGAGAAGCUGAAGUACACCUCUGCAACUGCAAAGGACCGUGUCAUGGGUGAGUGGAAAAGACGCGUCCCAACGGCUGACGAGCAGCUUGACAAGUAUCGCCGCCGUAUGAAGGCCAGCGUUGAGCGUCUGGGGAAGCAAUGGAACGCAACAGCGACCGUUACAUUACGCGAGAAGAUUUCAUUCAUCGCCGGUGUCCUCAAUAUCUUCUUUAGUGGCUACCUCAUUGGAGCCCAUCCAGAGUCUUUCUAUAUUUGGUUCACUAUACAGCUAGCCUACUUCAUGCCGAUUCGAUACUACAGGUAUCACGAGCGGGGCUACCAUUACUUUCUGGCUGACCUCUGCUAUUUUGUCAAUGUACUAUGUAUGCUGAGUAUUUGGGUGUUCCCAAGCUCCAAGAGACUCUUCAUAAGCAGUUACUGUUUGACUUUCGGGAACAACGCUGUUGCAAUUGCUAUGUGGCGAAACUCGCUUGUAUUCCACAGUAUGGACAAGGUUGUUAGUCUGUUCAUUCAUAUUAUGCCGCCAGCGACCUGGCAUUGCCUUGUUCAUUUGACUUCUGCGGAGAGGCUGAAGGGCAGGUUCCCAGCUAUUUACGACAUCAAAUUCAGUGAGCCUGGCUCGCCGGACCACUUUUCACUCUUAUCCAUGAUGAUCUGGGCAACGGUACCCUAUACAAUCUGGCAGUUAUCCUAUCAUUGCUUUAUCACCGUGCGGCGUGCCGAGAAAAUUGCUGCAGGACGACCGACCAGCUUCACGUGGCUCCGCAAGUCGUAUGCGAAAAGCUGGAUUGGUAAAAUAGUUUUAGGCCUGCCCGAAUCACUACAGUCUCCCGCCUUCAUGCUGAUCCAAUAUUUCUAUGCGAUUUUGACAAUGAUCCCAUGCCCACUUUGGCUAUGGUCCCGCUGGGCUAGCGGAAUAUUUCUGACUGCGCUUUUUAUCCUGAGUGUGCACAACGGCGCGACCUACUACAUUGACAUAUUUGGCAAGCGGUUCCAAAAGGAACUGGAAGAGCUGAAAAGAGAUGUCGCGCGGUGGCAGUCCUCUCCAGAAGGAACCGCUAGUCCAACCAUUCUGACGUCAGACCGCGCUGUUGCCACUGGGGCCCACAUCUUGGAUGAUUCUAGAGUCACAGCAAAUGAUGGAGAGCUCGACAAGGCAAGCAUCGAUCAAAUUCCUCUGCUCGAUUCCAACGCGACUUCGCGUGAUAUACAAGAUGCAGCCUCUAAUUCCCAGGUGGUGCGAGAAAGGAAAUAGCAUUUACUUCCCAAUGCUCAUAUUGAUGUUAGUUCUGGCGUUUUUCCCUCUUGGUUUCCAGCUUGCCGGUUCUGCCACACUUGCGAUUUUGGAUCAAUGAUACCCAACUUACUAAUCAGUCGUUCUUUGCUAUACAUGUUUCACAAGAUAUACGUGUUCAUAUAUAGAACAUACUUUGGUUGACAGCAUGCAGACUUUUAAUUAUUGCUCUAUAUUUGAUCAAUCAGAAUAUGACAUCAGAGAUGAUCU